CUCCGUUCCUGAACCACACCAUCGCAAAGAAGCGACACAAGAAGACGAUAAGAAAGAGCUGCUCGCCCUCGCUGCCACUCCUCCACGUGUGAGAAGCGGUGUUGAGAGCGCACACGCACGCUCGCUGCUUUCGUCUCCGCCCAAGAGCUGGCGUCAUAGGCUGGCGAGCGGAGAGGGAAGGCGAGGCGCACACGGCGGGAUCGUCGUCUUCUUCCUCUCGUCCUCCCCCCUCACCAUCUCCUCCAAAAGGAGCGCACAUACACGCUUCCCUCACUAAACUCCCAUCAUGCCUCCUCGACAGAUGUCGCGCUACGCCUCCAAGGGCGCCUUCGACCUUCUAGCGGCAGACGACGUCGAUGAAGAAGGAGUCGAUGCCUCGGAGGACGACGAAGAUGCACCGAUUGCUCCAGCUCCACCAGCUAGCACGCCGGCGGGCUCUACCAAGCUGACCAAGACGCAGCAGAAGAAGCUAGCAAAGGAGGCGCGAGAGGCAAAGAAGGCUGAAAAGCAAGCAGCAUCUGCCACUCCCACACCACCGGAUGAGAAUAGCAGGAGCGUGCCCAACGAGAAUUCAGCUUCCGGCAUCGCUGAUGUUGCGGCGCCUCGUGCUGAGAGGAGCUCGCCUACCAUCGAGAUCCCCGUGCAGAGGGUCGCGCCUGCGGAUGACCCGGCGACGGCUUCCGCUGCUCCUGGGCCAGUACCCAAUGGUGCCGCUGCGGGGAUCAAGGCAGCCAACGAGACCCUACCCUCUCCAGCUGCUCGCCGUGAUGCCGCUGCAGGUGCGUCUGGUGUCUCGUCGUCCUCUACAGCUGCGGCACCCAAGCCAGCUCCAGCAUCCGCUCCUCGGGCAGCUGCUCCCGCCUCUCGCCCUCCUGCCGCAGAGCCGACACCCGAGGACAUCGUCGCGGAACGCAAAGCAGCAGAGCGUGCUGCCUACUGGAGGAAGAUCCGUGAACGCACGACCUUCACCUUUGUUAUGAUCUUCGGCUUCGUCGGUCUCCUCUCUCUCGGCCACCCCUACAUGAUCAUUCUCGUCCUCGCCAUUCAGGUCCUCGUCUACCGUGAGGUUACUGCCCUUUUUGAGAUUCCGGGAAGACCUUCCAUUACGGGUGGUGCGCCGCGCCGACAUGUGCUCUCGAGACAUAACUCAACGCAGGGAAAGCCGGCGACUGCCAAGGCAAGGUCGCAGCAGAUCGAGUCGGCGCAGGUUAGCGACGAUGAGGAUGACUUUAGAGAGGAAGAGAGGAAGGAACUGCUUUGGUCCAAGACUCUCUCGUGGUACUUCUUCACAGUAGCCAACUACUUCCUCUACGGCGAGUCCCUCAUCUAUUACUUCAAGCACAUCGUCUUUGUGGACUCGUACUUCAUCCCCUUUGCAAGGCACCAUCGCUUCCUUAGCUUCCUCCUCUACAUCAUCGGCUUCGUAGGCUUCGUCUCCGGAUUGCGUCGCGAGAACCUCAAGCACCAAUUCGGCCUCUUUGGUUGGGUCCACAUGAGCCUGCUGCUCAUCGUCUUCUCCAGCCACUUCCUGGUAAACAACAUCCUCGAGGGAUUGAUCUGGUUCUUCGUCCCCGCAUCCCUUGUCAUCUGCAAUGACGUCUUCGCCUACGUAUGCGGGAUGAUUUGGGGACGCACCCCGCUCAUCUCCCUCAGCCCAAAGAAGACGGUCGAGGGCUUCGUAGGUGCCUUCCUCAUCACCGAGGUCUUCGCCAUCGGAUGGGCGACGUACUUCCAGCGAUUCAACUACAUGAUCUGCCCCGCCGUCUCUUUGGGGAUGAACGCCUUCCAGCAGAUCGAGUGCAAGCCCAACCCGGUAUUCGAGUGGCACUCCCUCCCCAUACCGGGUGAGAUCCUUGCUCUCCUCCCUCCGGCUUUGGUCUCAGCGUUGCCGGGCACCUCGAUCCCCUACACGUACUUCCAACUCCACUCCCUCGUGAUGGCUGCUUUUGCUUCCCUCGUCGCUCCCUUUGGCGGCUUCUUUGCCUCAGGAUUCAAGCGCGCAUUCAACAUCAAGGACUUUGGCGACUCGAUCCCCGGCCACGGUGGGCUGACGGAUCGCUUCGACUGCCAGUUCCUGAUGGGGCUGUUCAGCUACGUCUACUACAGCAGCCUGAUUCGCGAGAACACGGUAACUGUGGGGAGCGUGUUGCAGAUGGUAGUGGCGCACCUGGGACAGGAGGAGCAAGUAGAGGCGUACAGGGAGAUUGGUCGAUAUCUGAGCUCGCGUGGUAUCAAGGUAUGAGGUAUGAGGGGAGGAGGAUGGGAUGGAAGACAACCAUCGUUGGGUGGGUGUACAAUUGCGCAUUGCCGUGCUAUGGUGUUCUCAUGCAUCGAAUCGAAAGGACUUCAUUCAUGAAUCAUGUACGGGAGCGAUGACAAGGCGAGGCGAGGCGAGAAGGGCGACGACGACGACGAC